CGCCGCCGUCGCUUUACGGCAGCGCGGAGGUCGCGGCGGCGGGCGCGGAGGCGCCAUGGAGGGCGGCGGCAACACCACCAGCAAGGGCAGCGGCCUCGGCGGCCUCUUCGGCGCCGGCGGGGCCGGGUAUUCGCACGCCGACCUGGCCGGGGUGCCGCUAACGGGAAUGAGCCCUCUGUCCCCGUAUUUGAGCUUGGACCCCAAGUACCUCGUACAGGAUACAGAUGAGUUUAUCCUACCCACAGGAGCCAACAAAACUCGGGGCAGAUUUGAGCUAGCCUUUUUCACCAUUGGAGGAUGUUGUAUGACAGGGGCAGCAUUUGGUGCGCUGAAUGGCUUGCGACUUGGCUUGAAGGAGACUCAGAACAUGGCAUGGUCAAAACCUAGAAAUGUACAAAUUCUAAAUAUGGUGACCAGGCAAGGAGCAUUAUGGGCUAACACUCUGGGAUCUCUGGCUCUGCUGUACAGUGCUUUUGGAGUCAUCAUUGAAAAAACACGAGGUGCAGAAGAUGACCUGAAUACCAUAGCUGCUGGAACCUUGACAGGAAUGCUAUACAAAAGCACUGGUGGAGUACGUGGGAUAGCACGAGGGGGCAUUGCAGGUCUGACUCUCACUGGCCUCUACGCUCUGUAUAACAACUGGGAGCACAUGAAGGGCUCCAUUGCCCGACAGUCCCUCUGAGCAGGGCAGUCAGCGCCGGGCAGAGGACACGCUUGCACAGUCACCAAUACAAUCAUUGCGAGAUCUGUCUGGUGCCCCUUCCUAUUCUAUUUACAAUUAGUGAGAAACUGAAGGAAGCUGUGCUGGGAGGAAUCUCCUGCCACCGUUUAGCUGGAUUGGCCCUUUCCUUCCUGCCAGCCACUUGCUGGAGGCAGUGAUAGUUGUUGGACCUGCGAGCGGAGCGGCCACCACGACAGUCUCCCUGACAUGCUCACCAGCCAGCCCUGGGCCAGAGCCACGCAGCGUGCUGGAGUCCCAUCACUGCACCAGCUGUGCUGCCAGGUCCGGUCAGAUGAGUGCUGCUGCUGCACAAUAAAGGCUCUGUCCAUAGAGCCCUUCACUGAGGUCUGUCAACAGCACCUGGGCGGCUGGAGCAGGUGGGAGCCUCCAGCAGCAACUGGCACAGGGCAGGGCUCAUUGCUCUUACAGCUCAGGGUAAGCUGUUAAAAGGGAUAUUGUAAUUAAUAAAAAGGGUGGUACUUAUGCAACACCUUUUCUAUGGUUUGCUGUUCCUGCUGCUGUUGAGACAAAGACGUCCUGCAUCCAGUGACUUGCAUUUACAGUUCAGCUUUGAAGGCCCAUUGUGAUAGAGUCAUGAGGCAGUUGGGUGAGGGGAAGUGCUGGAUGGCUGAUUGUCUCCUGAUGCAUGGUGACAGCAAGGCAGGGGCUGGUGCCACUCCCUGACUUGUAACAAAUACAGAAGUUGUGUAUGGAUGGAGAGCAGUAACCAAUUACUAUUGCAAGACAGCUGUCAUUGGGUUAUAAACAGCUUGGUGCUCCAGGACCUUACAGCUCGCUCAGCCAACCAUUAGAAACCAAGCAAUACAAGUACUUCUCCUGCUUGCUCUUACUGGGUUUUUAAUUAUUAAGUUUCUCUUCCCAAUCCCCAAGUAGUUCUUAUAGGUUACUGAUGAAACAGAGAUGUGAUGAAUCUACGCCUUUACCAGCAUUGAAGUGAAACCAUGAAAUGGUUUAUGAAAUGCUUGAGAGCAUUUUUUGUAGAUAAAUGGAACAGUAAGUUACAAAUCAAUUCAGUAGUCAAGAUUACUGUUUAACAGCUCAUUUCUUAAGUUUGUAAUUAAGCAGGCCCAGGACAGGACAAAGGCAAGGGAAAAAAAAAAAACAACCAAGAGAGAUACUACUUAAUAAAUAACCUCCUGAUGUAAAGCUUUUGAUAGUUAUCGUACACUGCACAAAAAUAGAGACAAAGUAGAAGAAAGAUAGCAGUGCUUUUCUGCUUUUCUCUCUGUCAAGGAGCCUCUCUCCUAAAGGAACUUCACAGUUGCACUCUAUUGGCCUUGCUUGGCUGCCAGCUCAAAGCAGGUGCUUUCUGCCAGCAUUUAACUAGGUCUAACAUAAAGAAAAAAAAAAAACAUUUUUUUUUCCAUCUGCUUUGUAAAUGCUGUUUUUUGUUAAACCUUAUUUAUGUUUCACUUCA